CCGCCCUUGCAGGAGUUUCCAGCGGCGGCUCCAGUCGCUGCAGAGAGACGGUCUCGCUGGCGGCUCCGUGGAGCUGGGAGGGUCCCUGCCGGACGAGUAGGCUCCGACCCCGGGCUGCCCCGGCCCCUAUGGCAGCCCGGAGCGCCCUGUAGCGCCGCCCGCCCCGGGCACCAUGGGGAACCAGCUGGCGGAGAUCGCGCCCGCGCCGCCCUUCCUGCCGCACUUCCAGGCGCUGCACGUGGUGGUGAUCGGGCUGGACGCGGCCGGCAAGACCUCGCUGCUCUACCGGCUCAAGUUCAAGGAGUUCGUCAAGAGCGCGCCCACCAAGGGCUUCAACAUGGAGAAGAUCCGGGUGCCCUUGGGGGGCUCCCGCGCCAUCGCCUUCCAGGUGUGGGACGUGGGCGGGCAGGAGAAGCUGCGGCCGCUCUGGAAGUCCUACACCCGCCGCACCGACGGGCUGGUCUUCGUGGUGGACUCGGCGGAGGCGGAGCGCGUGGAGGAGGCCCGGGUGGAGCUGCACAGGAUCACCCGGACUUCCGAGAACCAGGGCGUCCCCGUGCUGGUCCUGGCCAACAAGCAGGACCUGCCUGGGGCGCUGUCGGCCUCCGAGGUGGAGAAGCUGCUGGCCCUGCACGAACUGAGCGCCUCCACCCUCAGCUGCACCCAGGGCUGCAGCGCGGUGGACGGGCUGGGCCUGCAGCAGGGGCUGGAGAAACUCUACGAAAUGAUCCUCAAGAGGAAGAAAACGCUGCGGCACAGCAAGAGGAAGCGAUGAGCAGCCCCGGAGCUUGCCCCAGCCCCACCCAGCUGCCAGGGCGUUGCUUGUUGGGUGCAGGGUGAGCAGGUCCCGUGCCAGGCCUGGCUCACCCCAGCGUGGCUAAACCUCCCAUGUAGACAAGGACUUUGUUACGGGGCAGCGCCCUCUGGGGGGUCUGCGUGCCUGCCCGUGAACUCUCCUCCAUCCAGGAUUCGGGAUGGCUCCAAUGGGAGUGUGCUAUAGGGACUGGUCUGGACCUGUGCCCGUGGGCUGACCGGACACACAAGUGCCACAGCCAGACUGAGAGCAACGGCCCCUAAUGUGUCAAAAUCAAAUUUAAAGAGAGGUAGGGUGGGGUUAGGAGACGGCAACCUGAUGGCAACUUGCAUUAGAUGAAAACACUGCAAGUGGGUUUUCUAGGCGUGUGGGUGUUAACUUCCAUCAUUGCUACAGGAAAGGUGGGGGAGGGGAAUCUUUGUAUUACGGGGAUUUUUUUUUAUAAACCAUGUGUAUUUUUUUUUUUUUGUAGGAACUAAACAUAAGUUAUUAAACAGACAGAUUGGAUAGCUGGGAGUGGCUUUGAGUCUUCACUUUCAUGCUGUCCGAGUUCAUACUUUGUCAAGAUUCCACUUGGCUGGAUCUGGACAAAAGGUACAUUGGGAUUAAAGGCAGGACUGCCUUUUAUUGAAACCAAAGACCUCUGCUAAACAGUUGGCUGUCAUCUUUAAGGAAAGAAGGCUUUUAGACAUGAAGUGACAGAAAUCUAAUCUAUCCUUGUCUCCUGCUAAGGGAGGGAGCUCUUGUGAGGGUCGAAAGAAACCAACCAAGUCUCUGGCUGUUGCUCUAAUGAAUAGUAACAAAAACAUGACCCGAUGUUGUUUUCCAGGGCUGGUAAGCCCCUGCAGCUCCCAUCCAUGCCAGCAUUUGCAGUUUUAUGCAGCAUCUGGAGUUAUAACUAGCGAUGAGACAGAUUUUGCAAAGGAGAGAGAUUAAGCCUCAGGCCGUAGGUUUAAACCUGUCUUGAAUUACUGGAGUCCAGGAUGAGCCUUGAUGUGGGGGGUGGGGAAAGCAAAUUAUUUCACUCUGCUACUGUGGUGUUCUACCUUCCUCUGAUGCAUCAGGAGGCUGGACCAGAUCUAGUGAGGCAAUUCCUACUACCCCGUCCAUGGUAAAUCUCAGACAUUGCUCCCCUGAAACUCCAGACCUAAGUCGCCGUUUGAAGUGGCCUGUAUGGAGCUGAGUAGGUAUCAGGGGUGAAAAUGAGCUAGGAGCCUUUAAGUAAGUGUGAAAAGCCCAAGGCUUCUUCCUUCCCUCACACCCAACUGGCUGGGAUCAGAUGUGCUA